AUGCCGACUCGGAGGGCCGCCGUCCUGCCGAGGUACGGACGCACGACGCGGUGGACGCCGAGCUCGACGGCCAGCUCCCCGGUCGCCGGCCGCCGGCGGGGCGCAGAAGCCUGCUAUUGGUGUCUGUGUUGCCGGGUGUUCCCGGUGGUCGGCGCGAUGUCAAGGACGAGAAGU